AUGAUGGCCGCAGUGGGUGCCGUCGUGCAGCACUACGUGAAGUUCCCUGGCUUCGACAGCGUGCCUGCCGGACUCGGCGCUGUGGAGGUCCCGCCGGGCACCUACGGCUUCGCCGCGCUCUUCGCGGUCUCGGGCUUGCUGGAGCUGGGCGCCUGGACUGAGGACCCCUCGAAGGAGCCGGGCAACUUCGGUGACCCCGCCGGCCUGGGCCAGUACACGCUGGAGAUGCGCAACCGGGAGAUCAACAACGGCCGAAUGGCCAUGUUCGCAGCCAUCGGUAUCAUCGCCGCCAACGUCUACACCGGCAAGGAUGCCAUCGAGCAGUUCGGCCUUGCGUAG